UUCAGGCAGCCACGGUGUCUCAAAUUGGUCUAUUUACGCUCCUUUUUUGUGCUAGAUCUAUCUGUCUAGUGCAAUUAGAAGGAGAGUCGCUGGCGCCGGUACGGUGAGUCAUUGGAUAGUUCGUAUUCAGGUUGUUGCGGACGGGAGGAGAACGAACCAGGUCUUGCCAGUGGAGCAAGCUUCCAUUCUGGCCAACUUUGUAGACAGGAGGCUUGCCAAACCUUCGUCUGUCAGAUUUCAAGGGGUGAGCGUGAGCCAAGAACACCACCACGGAGACGAGCCUGAUUAACACAAGGUCGUGUUGUUAUUGAGAAGGUGGAUAGAUUUCUCAGCGGUUGAAGCCAGUCGUUUCCCCUUUAUUCACCUUGCACUGCAGAAGUGGAGAUUUUCAUCCAUACUCGAACGCUUUCAGUUUACAGACCUCCGCGGUACACCGAGCCUUCGAAGCAGUCUCGGCUUCACAUUGACAAUUCAGCCUCAUCCUUAAUUCUGUGGACCUGUUGGUGGACGUCAUGGCCAACGACCGUCCGCCUAAGGGGGGCAUGCCCUUAGGCCUGGCUACAAAUAAAUACUCAACCUCAUUGAGAAAAAGAGGCCCAAGCCAACAAAGUCGAUCCUCCUUGAACCUCUCUGUUGCGGACUCCGCUGCUAGCGAGAGUGACGACUCCAUUAACGAACUCCUGAAAGCCCCUCGCAAGCGAGCGAAAGUAUCAGAUCAUGAUCGAACCAACGAUAAUACCAGCAGGCCAGCGGUCAUGGUUGCAGUCUCGAUAGGACAUAAGCCCUCAUUUGGCUCCCCUUCAUCCUCAACGGAUGCAGGUGGAACGAGCACCACAACCGGAGACUCUACUCCUGCGACAACCGCAAAUGUUACCCCAGCAGAGCCUAUCAACCCUAUCAAAAGACGUGUGAACGCAACAGCCCGUUUUCAACAACUGCGGUCAAGUGCAUUUGGUUUGAUGAGAGGCUCAGGGGGUGCAAAAGGUGCUCCCAAUUCUACAAGUACAGAUGCUUCACCCGACGAAAGCGCAGAUGAAGCCCUCGCUCGUGCCCUUCAAGCGGAAGAGUACGGUGACUCUAACUUGGACGAACCGACAUACUCCCUCGAUAGUAACCAAACUUUGCGGCCAAGAUUAAACGCUACCCGUUUAACUCGAGGAAGGGCUACUCAGCGACCUCUUACGCUGGCCUCGAACCACGUUCAUGCGAAUAUGAGUAGCGCAAUACGGAGCGACACUAUCCCUGACAGUGAAGAAUCUUCUCUGUCGGAACUAGAUUCUGAUCUAGCCAGUCCAGAUAUCAGUGACUCUGAAAUUGAAAGUGCUUUAAGUGACGAAGAUUCCAGUGACGAAGACUCCAGUGAUGGGGAUUCCGCCCGUAGGACCACCAGACCCCUACGACGUGUAGUUAUAGCUCCAAGGCAUCGCCGCGUUCUGAUUCGGCCGCGGAACGCUGAAGAAGCGCGAUUAACUCCACGAGCUCUCAGGGAACGAAGGAAACUCGAGCAACAGCAUCCAAUUAUCCAAACGAUUUGGGACGAUCUUAAAAGUGCCCCUUUGAUAACUCCUACUCCAGCCGCACAGCCAUCCGGCAUUUCUCGAAACUUGAAAUCGUUUCAGCUGGAAGGCUUGAAUUGGAUGAUACAGCAAGAAAAGUCACAGUGGAAGGGCGGGCUCCUCGGCGAUGAGAUGGGAAUGGGAAAAACAAUCCAAGCAGUCUCCCUGUUGAUGUCUGACUACCCUGUUGGUAAGCCUUCGUUGGUCAUCGUGCCCCCGGUUGCUCUGAUGCAAUGGCAGUCGGAGAUCGAACAAUACACGGAUGGUAAAUUGAAAGUACUUAUCCACCACGGUUCUAACUCGAAGGUCAAAAAUCUUUCAGCAAAGGAGCUGUUGGCCUACGACGUGAUCAUGAUAUCAUAUGCUGGGCUUGAGUCCAUGCACCGAAAGGAGGUAAAAGGAUGGAAGAGAAACGAUGGUCUCGUGAAGGAAGAUAGUGUCAUUCAUUCUAUUCACUAUCAUCGCCUGAUUCUCGAUGAAGCUCAUAGUAUUAAGCAACGUACCACUAGUGUAGCAAGAGCUUGUUUUGCAUUGAAGUCAACCUACAAAUGGUGCCUUUCUGGUACUCCAGUUCAGAAUCGAAUUGGAGAGUUCUUCUCACUUCUGCGGUUCUUGGAAGUCAAGCCAUUUGCAUGCUACUUUUGCAAGAUGUGUCCAUGUCAGGAAUUGCAUUGGUCCCAAGAUGCAGAAAAGAGAUGUACACAUUGUCGCCAUAGUGGCUUCAGUCAUGUUUCCAUCUUCAACCAGGAAAUUCUCAAUCCAAUCACCGAGUCAAGACAUCCCGCAGAUCGGAAGGCUGGCCUUGAAAAAUUGAGAUUCAUAACCGACAGGAUUAUGCUCCGUCGAGUUAAACAAGAUCAUACAGCCUCGAUGGAGCUCCCACCCAAGCGGGUUAUCCUUCAUAACGAAUUCUUUGGAGAAAUCGAACGCGACUUUUCCUCUAGCAUUAUGACGAAUACUGUUCGGCAAUUUGACACAUACGUCAGUCGAGGCGUUAUGCUCAACAACUACGCGAAUAUUUUCGGUCUCAUCAUGCAGAUGCGCCAAGUUGCAAAUCACCCCGACCUGAUUUUGAAGAAACAUGCUGAAGGUGGUCAAAACGUCCUUGUUUGCGGCAUCUGCGAUGAACCGGCGGAAGAACCAAUACGGUCUCGUUGUCGCCAUGAAUUCUGCCGACAAUGUGCCAAGGACUACAUUCGCUCCUUUGAAGAUGGACGAGAACCCGACUGUCCACGCUGUCAUAUCCCGCUUUCUAUCGACUUCGAGCAGCCUGAUAUUGAACAAGAGGAGGAUCAGGUCAAGAAAAACUCCAUAAUCAACCGCAUCAAAAUGGAAAACUGGACGUCAUCGACGAAGAUCGAAAUGCUGGUCUACGAUCUCUUCAAGCUCCGCAGCAAGAAACAGACGCACAAGUCUAUUGUCUUCUCUCAGUUUACGUCCAUGCUCCAGCUGGUUGAGUGGCGUCUGCGGCGGGUGGGGUUUAACACGGUCAUGCUAGACGGAAGUAUGACGCCAGCCCAGCGCCAGAAAUCCAUCGAGCAUUUCAUGAAUAAUGUCGAUGUUGAGGUGUUCCUCGUUUCUCUUAAAGCCGGAGGCGUCGCGUUGAACCUUACAGAAGCAUCGAGAGUCUUCAUUGUUGACCCAUGGUGGAACCCAGCUGCAGAAUGGCAGAGCGCAGAUCGAUGUCACCGGAUCGGCCAGCGGCGGCCGUGUGUGAUAACCCGGCUCUGCAUCGAGGAUUCAGUGGAAUCGCGCAUGGUCCUACUCCAGGAAAAGAAAGCCAAUAUGAUUCGGGGUACGAUUAAUAAGGACCAAAGCGAGGCGCUGGAGAAGUUGACGCCGGAGGAUAUGCAGUUCCUGUUCCGGGGAACUUGAAUGGUAUACCCCAAUUCUGCGCUGCGUUUAAACCAUGGUGUUAUUGGAAUGAGGUAGUUUGGGAUGGAUAUAUGUUCAAAGUAACAUUGAUCUUUCUUUUCUUGAUUUGCAUUUAGCUAGCUAUACCAUUGUUAGGGUAUUCAGCCCAUUCAUUCGUUAUUACAUUGCAGUUCUCCAACAUCACGCGGGCAAUAGCAAGCUGCUUUGCGAAUCCUCGCGCGCAGCAUGGCUUUCUAGCUCCAUGCCGAUGAAGGCGGAGUUGACAUGUUUCCACAGCACGGGUUCAUCGUCAUCAUGAGGCGUGCUUGCUAUUGCGACUGGUUUGGCACGGCGAUGCUGUUGCUGUAAAUGGCUAGUAGCGGGGUUAUGUGAGUUCGAGUCUUGUUUUGCGCGUGUGGUGCGGAAGGCGGUGAGGAGGACUGUAAGGCUUUUUUCUCCUGGUUGGGGGUUGGCGCGGGACCGGUGGACGGAGGUUGGCGUGCUUUGGAAGGCGGACUGGUUGUCGAUUAGGAGGAGGGUGUGGUGGGAAGGGAGGGGUUGAGCAUGAUGGAUGUUCUUUUGGCUUUCUCUCUGCCUAGUUAUUUAUUUAUUGAUCAUUUAAUUUAUUUAUGUAGAACUCCCUCCGGAAGUCAUCUGGGGAAAUUUUUAUCAGCACCAGACUAAACUAAUACGGAAAGAUGUCUAUAUGUCAAAGUGAGCCGCGAUCUUCAAGGUCGAGGCUGAAGGAGCUGUUGAACUCGGCAUCCAAUUUUGCAACUGCGAUAGUUACAUACCAGACAGAUUCUGGGGUAGAAAUCCUUUUUUUAUACGUAUAUAUCUUUCUAGCCAUUGAUUUACUCUCCAUGCAGGUUUCAUUCACCA